CCACAGUUAAUUAAAUUAGGCAGAGCUAAUGAUGAAAUCGUUACAAAAAUAAAGUAUCAAUUAGAAUUUGAAGAAUACCCGGAAACAUCAGAAGAAGGGGUUGCCUGUAUUUACAACGUUACUGGCAUGAAUAUUGAAAAAGCUAAAGAGAUUUUUGAUCUCAAAAAUAUUCAAUAUUUGUAUAAGGAUGGAACUGUUCGGGAAAGCGUUUAUUGUCCUUUUUUACAAACAAAAGUUUAUAAAGAGACACAAAAAUGUAAUAGUAUCAAAAUGUGCCAAUUCGUAGCUCCAGAAUUAGCAUCAAUGACUCACUCAUCA